AUGAAAAAUCAGAUAAUAGUAAAUAAAAAUAAAAUAAAAAAAUAUUUAUAAUAAAUAGUUUAUAAUCUCUAUUUAAAACCAAAAAAUCUAUAAUUUACACAAAUAAUAAUCCUUAUAAGUGUUUUACAAAAAGUUUUUUUUACAUUUGCUUAUAAAAUAAUACAAAAAAAUCUCCCUUAUCUUCAAAUUUCAGUAUAUAAUGUAAACAGUCAUUUUUUACGCUAAAUAAAAUUUAAACUCUAAGUGAUAUAGAGUUGGAAAAUAUUACUUAAAAUAUUAAAAAACAAGGAUUAAGGAUAUUAAUAUUCCUUUAUUUUAAAGAUAUAUAUGUAACUUUUUUCAGGCAUAACAUAUAUAGCAAUAGACACUAUUCUAGGUAUUUUAAGUAUUUUCUUUAUAGUUUAUAAUGUUUCGAAUAUUCUAGGAUUUAUACAUUAAUAUUUUAGUGGAAUUCAUAUAGAUGAACUUGAAAAAGAAGUAGAGUGGCUAAUGGGAGAUCCCGCAGGUUUAAAAACAAACAAAAGCCUCAAUAAAAUUAUGGGAUUUCUUAUCUCUAAACUGUUCAUUUUAUGGAAUUAUUUUACUACUUUUGGAACUCCUUUUGAACCUUAUUUAGUUACUUUUUUGUCUUUCUUUGGAUUUUUUGGAAUUUCAUUUGUUUUUUGUAUUAUUAAUGAUCUUAUUAAUAUAUUAACCUUACACAUAUACAUUAUAUACAAACUACUUCUUAUUAUCUAUAAAGAAGUUAUGAAUUUAAUUAUUUUUUUCUUUAAAGUAAUGAAAGGACAAAUUAAAUAAUAUAAUAAAAAAGAAAUCACUUGGGAUUAAAAAGUUAUUUCUUUGAUUUUCUUCUUUUUCUUAGUUUCGAUGUUUCCUACUAUAUCUGUUUAUUAUUAUUCAUAUUUAUUUAUUGUUUUAUUUGUAUAUAUGAUAAAAGUAAAUUAUAUAAAAUUAUUAUUUUUAUUUUAUUUUAUUUAUUAAUCAGCUAAUGCUCAAAUUAAUUGUUUAAAUUUUAAAUAUUUUCCCUUGCUUUAUGAUAUUAUAAUAUUUUAUAAAUGA